AUGGCGCGGCCCCGCAGCGGCGGCGGCGGCCCGCGGACCGCCGACUUGGCCGCGCAGGCUGGCUACCAGGCCGGGGGUCGGCUCCAGCUGGCCGACCCGUUGCCCCUGGCGGCGGGCGCGCUGCGGGCGGCCUCGGCGCCGGCUCCGCCGCAGUUGCGGUUUGAGGAGGACGCGGCGGAGGGCACCGCGCGGGCCCUCGACAAGUUCCCGCGGCACUCCAGGCCCGGCUUGGCCGAGGCGCGCUUCGAGCUCUGGGCCACCCUCCGCGGGCGCCUGGAGGGCAAGGAGGCGUUCGCGCAGGUGUUUGCCACCCUCUUGCGGCGAGGCGCCCCGCUCGCGGCGCAGGCGGCGACGAUGCAGCACGAGGACUUCAUCGCGCGCGCGGUGGGUCUUUUCCGCGGGGUGGGGCGCCGCAGCGGGGUGGGGCUUCUGCGCGAGGUGUUACAUUGCACCCUGGGGCUGGCGGCCGGCAGCGCGGUGCUUUCGCUUGAGGUGGCAACCGCUUGCAACGCGCUCGACCGCGAG